GACUGAUGGCUUUGUACGCGAGUGUAGUCAAUGUACAGGCAACGAUUGCGAGCCAGCUAGCCAGAAAUGAAGCCAUUAUGGUGGAUGUAUGAAGCCACAGCGUCGAAUAGAGCAUAUAUGGUAAUGAUAUUUAUCAGUAUCCCCUUUCUGCUCCCCUCAUGGUUGAACAUCCCAUCCAUCCUUCCAUUCUUUAACCACUCAGUUCGAACCGGCGACUUUCAACCGGCGAGUUUAACUUCAAAUCCAUGUGUUUGCUGACCGGUGCCUAGUCAUCAGUUCAAUGAUAGGUUUAUGAUAAGCAAGUCGAAUUCAUCUAAUUAUUCAGAUCAUCGUUCGACAGCAGCAUUUGUGUCAUUCCAUUUACAUACGCAUCUGAUCAUCAUGCCAUCGCAGCUACUACAGCAAACCGCCAUCAUCGGCCGUGAUGAUGGAGCUCUGGCAAUAUCACACCAUGUCGACAUUCCUGAGCUCCAAGACGACAUGAUCCUCGUGAAAAAUGUUGCUGUUGCUUUGAACCCAAUUGAUGCCAAAAUGGUCGGCAAAUUGGCAACACCGGGAGCGAUUGCAGGCAUGGAUUUCGCCGGCGAGGUCAUCUCCAUUGGAAGGAAUGCCCAUCCUGCUGCCUGCAUCCAGAUUGGGGACCGUGUCUGUGGUGCUGUGCCGGGGAUGCAUUCUCUCACGCCAACCGUGGGCGCUUUUUCUCAGUUCGUUGGGGCUGCAGAUAUUACGACGGUGAAGAUCCCACCCCAUAUGUCUUUUGAAGAGGGUGCGUCCUUUGGAAGCGGCAUUGGGACAAUCGGUCUGGCUCUGUUCAAGUCGUUGCGUGUGCCAGGAACACCCUCGCAUCCGGCUGAGAAGCCCCGGGAUGUGCUCGUGUAUGGAGGCAGCACUGCAACAGGGACGCUCGCGAUACAACUGAUCAAAUUGUCAGGGUUGAAUCCCAUUGUAACCUGUUCUCCUCGCAACUUCGACCUAGUCCGGUCUUAUGGAGCAGCAGCCGUGUUUGACUAUAAGCAGCCAUCGUGCACUGAUGAUAUCCGCAAACAUACCCGGAACUCGCUCAAGUUCGUGUUGGACUGCAUUGCGGAACCGGAAACGAUGCAGUUCUGCUACAAAUGCCUGGGACGAGCAGGUGGCAAAUACACAGCGCUGGAGCCAUAUCCCGAGUUUCUGCACGACAGACCCAAGACGGUCACGCCAGAUUGGGUCCUGGGGCCCACAAUAUUGGGCAAGAAACUGGGAUGGCCAGCGCCGUUUGCAAAAGAGGCAGACGCAGAGCAGCGCAAGUUUGGCAUCGAGUGGUUUACAACGGCCCAGAAGCUGCUGGAUGAGGGAAAGCUGAAGCCACACCCGAUUCGGGUGAUGGAAGGUGGAUUUGAUGGUGUCUUUGAGGGGCUUGAUCUUCUGAAAAAGAAGACGAUAUCCGGGCAGAAACUGGUCUGUCGUGUCAGAGACUGUAGCGAUGGUGAGAUCGACAAGAUCCUGGCCGAGGCUGGUGAAAAGCGAUAUCUGGUGCAGUUUAAGGAUCGACCAGAGUUCAAGAAGUGGAUUGGCGUGGAGGAACUGGGCAAGAAGCCGUCUGUCUUGUACGAUUGGUAUAAGAGCAAGUGGGCAGAGGCAGAUGUCUGACGCCAGGAUAUAUAUCGAAGCAGUAGAUGUCAGUGAACUUGAUCCAUGA